UAUUUCCAGCUGGCCACUUGCGACCAACUCGUCGCGACGCGUACAUCGAUGUUAACCGAUAUACGAUUUAUCACGACCGAUUUGACACGUAUCCAUAACACUACGAGAAUCAAUCUCGCGUCAAUCGGAGUUAACAUAGAAAAUAAGAUCGAAAAUAAUCGAUAUCGGUAAGAAAGUAUUCGAAAAUAUCGAUCCAGUGUAUUUAAUUCGCAAGUAUUCACCAAAAAGUGAAUUAUCGAUGUGAAACCAAGGAAGUGUAUACAUGUAAAAUAUAUAGAUUUUAGUUUGUACACGUGUUCCAGUUAUUUUCGUUAUCGUUAUCGUUACAAGGAAAGUUAUCAAAUCGUCCCAAUUUCAUCGACGCAGUCACCAGAUAUAGUAUAGAUACCGGCUUCGAUCCUCGAGCUCAGCAUUGCGCUCUUUUCCUUACAUUAAAAAGCAUUAUCUCUUACAAUUACAAGAAAACGCCGGCGCCAUUAUUGUUGACUCGCGCAAUCAAUCAACGCGACGUUUGAACUUUAAACGUCCAAUAAAAUUUGAUACCCUCGUUGUUCUCGUGUUCGGACGUUGUGUUGCAUUAAUAAGCUUUUCGAUAAGCGUAAGGAAAACAUUACCGCCAUUAUUGUUGACUCAUGUAUAAUCAUCAGUCACUCGACUCGUGCAGAGAUCGUUGUUUUAGAAAUCUAGAUCUCGAAGAACGUUCCAUAACUAUGAAGUCUCACGAGAUUUGGGAGCGGAGCAUCACCUUCAUCGAGCACGAAUUGCUUCCGGAAAUGGUGCACGAUCGGUACUUCUGCGAGCCAAAUUCCAGGGAAUUCGUCGAGUUCGACUCGGCCACGAUUCGUCUCGAUGAGCUGAGCCGAAGUAGCGAGAUUUAUCGCGUCACGGUUGUGGUCAAGUUCUCCGGCGAGCCACGUAGCUUCCCACUAGUUUUGAAAUUGCUUCCAGAGGAGGGGGCAGAGCACACGGGCCGAACGGCGUUCGACGCGUUCCAGAACGAGGAAAUGUUCUACUCGAAGAUGGCCCCUAAAUACGGGCCUGAUUUGGUUCCAAAGUGUUACCUGUCCGAUCUGGGUCGUUAUGGAAGGACAGUGAUCGUGUUGGAGGAUCUGGAGAAGGAUGAUUACAAGCAGGUUGACGGUGAACUGGACGAGAAUCAUUUGAAAUUAUGCGUGCAAGUUUUGGCCAAGUUUCACGCGAGAGGGUUGAGGCUGAAGGAUACCGAGCCAGGGAUCUUCAGGGAGUUCGAGGCGAAACUUCUUGAAAUUUCCCUCACCGAGGAGGCUAUGCUCCAUUAUGAGAAGAGAUCGACUAGAAUGUUGGACAUCCUUGAAUCCUUAUCGAACUCAGCCUUUGCCGAGAAGAUGAAACGGAGAUUAAACAAGAAUCCAAUGGAAAUCGUGAAAGGUAUCGUGACGGAGGUGAACGACGUUUCCACAAUAUGUCACGGCCAUUUUUCACACGAUAAUCUGCUGUUCAAAUAUCAGAACGGGAAACCGAUCGGCGCGAAGGUGAUCGACUGGCAAACAAUGAGAUAUUGUUCGCCGGCUGUCGAUCUUGGGCCCAUUCUACUGUAUAACGUGACGCAUGAGGAUGGCUCGUCGAAGGUGCAGGAAAUUUUGACGCUGUACAUCGACACCGUCAGAUCUGAAUAUCCUGAAGUGGACGGUCAACGACUCAGGGAAGAUAUCGUGGACAAAUUCUUCUUUGCCGGCGUCGUUCUAUCAUUCCUAGAUCACAUUACUGACGAAGAACUUAAUCGCGUUUUGUUACUUUUGGAACAAUUAGACGAUUUUAACUGAACUGUUUAAUUUAUUCCGAUUUUAAUCAAUGAUUUAUAUAUUUCAGUGUUUUGUCUCUUUUUUUCUUUUUUUUUUUUUAUUACUAGUUAAUGGAUUAUUUUUGCAAAAGAAAUAAAAUAUUUUAAUGAUAUUUUAGAUUACGAGUACGGUUGGUAAAAGUAAUUUUCUUUUUGUUUUGUAUGUCAAUGAAUUUAAAGUCAUCAAUGAAAUUGAUUCAUAAAAUAUGAUAAUGAUGUGUAAAAUACGUGCAAUGACUAAUAUUUUUAAAAUUUAUGAAUUAUAAUGUUCGUUAUAAUGUUUGCAACGAUCUUUGAUAACGAUUUUUUUAAUCCAUUAAUUUUCAUUGAUCUCAUAAUUUAUGAUGAUUUAAUAGAAUUAAUUACGUUUUUUGUAUGAAGAUAAAAAUGUGAAAAAUAUAAUCUUAAAUAU